UAUGUGACGCAAGCACUCGAAGCCAACAAAAGCAAAUUGGUGCCUCAACUUGAACUAGCUUGCAAGACUGCAGAAACAAAUCGAUCGAGCUAAAAAAAAGAAAGAAAUCAUGAUCUCUCAAUUCUUCGUGCUCUCGCAGCGAGGCGACAAUAUUGUCUUUCGCGAUUAUCGCGGUGAAGUUCCAAAAGGAAGUGCAGAAAUAUUUUUCCGCAAAGUCAAGUUUUGGAAGGAAGACGGAGAAGAAGAGGCCCCCCCUGUCUUUAAUGUGGAUGGUGUAAACUACUUUCAUGUGAAAGUAGUUGGAUUAUUAUUUGUUGCAACCACGAGAGUAAAUGUGUCACCUUCUCUGGUCUUGGAACUUUUACAAAGGAUUGCUCGUGUUAUCAAAGAUUAUCUUGGGGUUCUCAAUGAAGAUUCUCUUCGGAAAAACUUUGUGCUCGUGUAUGAGUUGCUUGAUGAAGUCAUUGAUUUUGGUUAUGUACAAACCACGUCCACUGAACUGUUGAAGUCCUAUGUAUUCAAUGAGCCACUUGUGGUCGAUGCUGCACGUUUGCAACCUCUGAGUCCUGCUGCCAUUUUCAUGCAAGGGACAAAAAGGAUGCCAGGUACAGCUGUCACAAAGUCUGUUGUUGCAAAUGAGCCAGGGGGUAGGAAGAGGGAGGAAAUCUUUGUGGAUAUAAUUGAGAAAAUCAGUGUGACAUUCAGCUCUAGUGGAUAUAUAUUGACUUCUGAAAUUGAUGGCACCAUUCAAAUGAAGAGCUAUCUUUCUGGAAAUCCAGAAAUCCGAUUAGCCCUUAACGAGGACUUGAGCAUAGGAAGAGGUGAUUAUAGAAGUUCAUUUGGGUCAGGCUCAGUGAUACUUGAUGAUUGUAAUUUCCAUGAGUCUGUACGUCUAGAUAAUUUUGAUCUGGAUAGAACUUUGACUCUGGUACCGCCAGAUGGUGAAUUUCCUGUCAUGAAUUAUCGGAUGACUCAGGAAUUUAAACCUCCUUUUCGCAUUAAUACUUUGAUAGAAGAAGCAGGUGCACUUAAGGCUGAAGUGAUUCUUAAAGUAUCUGCUGAAUUUCCCUCAAGCAUUACCGCAAACACAAUCAUUGUACAGAUGCCACUGCCAAAAUAUACCACCAGAGUUAAUUUUGAGUUGGAACCUGGAGCACUUGGGCAAACAACAGAUUUCAAGGAAGCAAAUAGGAGGCUUGAAUGGGGAUUAAAGAAGAUUGUUGGGGGAUCAGAGCAUACCUUACGUGCAAAGCUGACAUUUUCACAGGAGUUGCAUGGGAAUAUCACAAAGGAAGCUGGACCAGUUAGCAUGACAUUCACAAUUCCGAUGUAUAAUGCUUCACGUCUUCAGGUGAAAUACUUGCAGAUAGCAAAGAAAUCAAGUACAUAUAAUCCAUAUCGAUGGGUGAGAUACGUUACACAGGCCAAUUCCUAUGUUGCCCGUAUAUGAUGCUCUAAUCUCCCCUUUGUUCCUUGCACAUUUUGUUAAUGUUAUCAUCUGUAUUUUUGUGUAACUUUUUUUGCCCAUUGAUCCUUGUAUUGUUGUAACUCUUUUAGAUGAUGAUCUUUGCACUUGCGAGUUUUAUUGACCAUCUAGAUCGAUUCUCAA